CAGAGAGAGGCCAGCGGAGGGGAACGAGAGGAACAGAGAGAGGGAUGGAGAGAUGGAGAGAAACAGAGAGAGGGAUGGAGAGAUGGAGAGGAACAGAGAGAGGCCAGCGGAGGGGAACGAGAGGAGCAGAGUCAACACUAGUCCUAACAACAACCACCACCACCCAUCAUCAUCCUCUAAGCGUUACUCCAAGUCAGACAUCAGAAGACCCAGGAACCGCACCUACAGCACCAGCUCUGCCAGCAGUGGCACCAGUCUGGACGGACCUGGACUGGGACAGGGAGCGGGGUUGGGGGAGGACAGGGCCCGACGAGACCGGUUGGGGCGCAGGGAGCGAGAGAGAGGGGAGGGAGGAGGAGGUCAGCUCCAGAACAGGAGGAGAAGCACCAGAGACUCCUCUACUGACUCACUGGAAGAGAGCAAGGUGGGAGACUGGAUGGAUGAGAGGAGGAGGAGGAGGAGAGACGGAGGAGAGGAGGACUGGAGCCCUGAGAGGAGGAAGAGGCGGGAGGAGAGCAGAGGGACAGGAGGGAGGCACAGAGGAGGAGGAGGGAGAGGAGGUCUCCUGAGAAUAUCUCACAGUGACAGACAGUCAGGCUCCUCCCAGGCUACCUCAGGCCCCGGCGAGGACCCCCAGGGGCGACGCAGACAGGGCACUGGGCCUCGCAGCAGGGGGAGGGGCAUCCUCAUCCUCCCCGCCCACACCAACCUCUCCAAUUCGCCGGGGGAGCCCGGGCCGAGGCUACUGUUUGGUGGGAUCCGUGGAGGAAGAGAGGCGGGGCUAGGGAGAGGAGGAGGGCGGGGCGGAGGAACAAGGCGUCUCUGGGACCCGAACAACCCCGACCAGAAACCCGCCCUCGGGCUCUCCCAGCAUGCAUCGCUCCAGCAGCAGCAGCCCAUGUACCUGCAGACAGGCGUUGGUUACGGAGCGCUGCAUUUCCUGGAUACAGAUGACGAGGCUGCAGGGAGUCCCCCGGUCCGCCAGGGGGAGCACUUCCACCUCCAGCAGCAGGCUGCAGCCAUGGCCCAGGCCUUCUACAAGUACCAGAACUCUGACAACCCUUACCCUUACAACGCCAACCCGAACCCCAACACACGCUACCCCUACCCUUACCACACUAUGCCCGCUGGCCCUUACCUGAUCCCCCCCUCUAACGACAUGUACCACCCGGGUCAGUUCUACGGGGGGUACAGGGGCCAGGGGUACCCGGAUGGACCCGAGGCUGCAGCAGGGGGUGGAUCCGGAGCAGGUGUAACCCCUGAGGAGGCUGGGCAACAUGCCAGAGGAGAGCUGGGGAGACUGCUGAGAGCUGCAGACAGUCAGGAGUUACAGCUCACUAACCUGUUGUCUCGAGACAGACUCAGUGCUGAUGGACUGGACCGCAUGGCUCAGCUCAGAGCUGACCUGUUGACCCUGUACGAGCGUGUGAUCCUAACAGACAUAGAGUUCAGUGACAGCCAGAACCUGGACCAGGCUCUAUGGAAGAACGUGUUCUACCAGGUUAUAGAGCGCUUCAGACAGCUCCUCAAAGAUCCCAGCGGAGACUCAGCUCCGCGCAUCACCACCAUGCUGCUGACACUGCUGGACGAGGGGGCAGUAUUCUUUGAUGCGCUGCUGCAGAAGCUUCAGAUGGUGUUUCAGUUUAAACUGGAGGAUUACAUGGACGGCAUGGCCAUCAGACCACGACCACUACGCAAAACGGUGAGGUAUGCUCUGAUCAGUGCCCAGCGGUGUUUGAUCUGUCAGGGGGACAUCGCCCGUUACCGGGAGCAGGCCAGCGACUCGGCUAACUAUGGCAAGGCCCGCAGUUGGUACCUGAAGGCCCAGCAGAUUGCUCCUAAGAACGGACGACCCUACAACCAGCUUGCCCUGCUGGCUGUCUACACGAAGAGGAAGUUGGAUGCAGUGUAUUAUUACAUGCGUAGCCUGGCGGCCUCCAAUCCCAUCCUCACUGCCAAGGAGAGCCUCAUGAGUCUGUUUGAAGAGGCCAAACGCAAGGCGGACCAGAUGGGACGGAGGCAGGAGUCAGAAGGGGGUUCCAGGGGUCCGGGGGUCCAGGGUGGAGGAAGAGGACGGGGGGAGCAGGGGGCCAGAGUAGAGAUCUGGCUUCGCCCAGUCGUCCAGGCAGGGGCUCUCUCAUCGCACCGCGGGGGCAGCGAGUCCAGUAGAGACUCUGAACAGGACGGAGAGCUCGGCAACCUCAGCGCUAGUGAUCUCAAUAAGAGGUUCAUACUCAGCUUCCUCCACGCUCAUGGAAAACUCUUCACUAAAGUGGGCAUGGAGUCGUUCCCAGCGGUGGUCAGUCGUGUUCUCCAGGAGUUCAGAGUGCUGAUCCAACACAGCCCCUCCCCUCUGGGCAGCACACGCAUGUUACAGAUCAUCACCAUCAACAUGUUCACUAUACACAACGCUCAGAGCAGAGGAGGAGAUGGUGAGGUGAGAUCUGUGUUACAGGAACAGACUACAGCUCUGGGUCUGGCCAUGUUCUCUCUGCUGGUCCAACGCUGCACAGAGCUACUGAGAGACACACCUGCAGAGCCCAUCCCUGAGGAGGAGAGAGAAGAGGGGGAUGAGUGGGAGGAGGGGAUGGUGAGAGUUUCUGCCUUCCCAUUGGACCUGAGGGAGCUGCUGCCCAGCGUUAAAGUCUGGUCUGAUUGGAUGCUUGGACACCCCGACCAAUGGAAUCCUCCGCCUUGUAGUAUAGAUGGCUGUAGCUCUGGUGUGUGGCGUAGCUUGGCCGACCUGUGUAAUGCGUUGGCUCGUGUCGACCACGGGGAAGCGCCGCUGUACAAGGCAGACGGGGACGGAGGCGAGGGGGAUGAGGAGCUCCGCCUGUUGCUAUUGGAGGAGGACAGGCUACUGGCCGGCUUCGUCCCGCUGCUCGCCGCCCCACAGGAACCCUGCUACAUAGACCUCACCAGGGAUACCGUAAUAGCAGCAGACUGUAAAAGGGUAACAGUGUUGAAGUAUUUCCUGGAGGCUCUGUGUGGACAGGAACAACCUCUCCUGGCCUUCAAGGGAGGGAAGUAUGUCUCCAUGGCAACCUCUCCCCAACCCAGCAGCCCCGGCGACGCCCACAGUCGACACGACUCACUGACCGAGAGAGAGAGCGAUGACGUCAUCGUGGAGGCGGAGUCGUCUGUUUCCGAGGGGGAUGAGGACGGGGGCAGCGAAGAUGACAUCAGAGAGCUCCGGGCCAGACGCAGCGCCCUCACUAACAGACUGGCUCAGCAGCAACGACGCAGGGACAAGAUACAGGCGGUGUUACAGACGGGUGGUCAGUUGAAGUUAGAGGUACGUCCUCUUUUCCUGGUUCCAGACACCAAUGGCUUCAUCGACCACCUGACCGGCCUCAAGACACUGCUGCAGUCUGGGACUUACAUACUGGUGGUGCCCCUCAUAGUGAUAACAGAGUUGGAUGGUCUGGCGAAGGGUCAGGAGAGCUGCGGAGGCUCCGGCGGUGGUCGUGGCGGCGGUGGUUCCCGUGGUAACCCUGGUGCGACUCAUGCACGGGCGGUCCAGGAGAAGGCCAAGGUUGCCGUGGCGUUUCUGGAGCGAGGGUUCGAGGCCAGAGAGCCCUGUCUCAGAGCGCUGACCAGCAGAGGAAGUCAACUGGAGUCUAUCGCCUUCCGCAGUGAAGACACCUCCGGACAACAGGGGAACAAUGAUGAUGUCAUCUUGUCCUGCUGUCUCCACUACUGCAAAGACAAGGCUAAGGACUUCAUGCCUGCACAGAGAGACGGUCCGGUGCGGUUGCGUCGGGAGGUGGUUCUUCUGACAGAUGACCGUAACCUGCGGGUCAAAGCCCUGACCAGGAAUGUGCCGGUCAGAGACAUCCCCGCCUUCCUCACCUGGGCCAAAGUGGGCUGAACCGGGUCACACCUUAGACUAUGCCCAGAGCACCCAAUCAACCAAUCAACUGCUGAGAACCGCUGGCCACCUCCCAUACCAUCGGAGUGGAGGAGGAGCCUGUAAGCUAAUGCAGAAGGGAAGACUGAUGGAGAAAGCUUUUUUUGUGGAAAAAUGAAAUAUGGAAACUAAAAAGCUUUUUUUUGUGUGUGGAAUGAGUUGAAUAGGCUGAGAGCUUUUUACCCUCUCGUUGUGAUGAGGUGUGUGUGUUUACCGCUGAGCUCAGGGAGCGGGAGGGAGGAGAGGAGCAGGGAGAGUUUUAAGAGAUGCAGGAAGGCUGGCCCAUGAAGAGAGGUAGAAGACAGAAGGUAUUUGUGUUCAUUUCUGGUUUCUUCGGUCCAGCCAUGCGUCGUGCGUAACUUCUGCAGUGGGUUCACAAGGCCAGCGGCAGUACUUACCUCAGUGGAAACGACAGAGAGGAAGAGAGACAUGGAAUGGAGAGGGACAGGGAGGUUAGGGCUGGAGGACCAAGGCCCAUACCUGACUGAGAAGUUUUAUAGUAUGUGUCUGUGUGACUGUUUGACUGACAGCUGUCUGGAACCCCAGUGCAGCACAGAGAGAGAGGCUUUGUAUUUUAUUUAUUUAACCUUUAUUUAACUAGGCAAGUCAGUUAAGAACAAAUUCUUAUUUACAAUGAGGGCCUACC